AUGAACAAUAUUAGGGACUUUAAGAUCGGUAAAGCAGAGCUUUUACGUCCUGUGUACAACGUUUGCAUUUUAGUACGUAAGAAGUGGACACCCAGCAAAUUGGUUCAGUACUAUGAUUCUUGUGAUGUUACUCUGAGUGUAUAUCCACACCGGGCAUGCUUGAAAAAUAUGCCUGACAAUGGUGGGAUUUGAACCUACGACCUUUGGAAUACUAGCCCAAUGCUCUGCCAACUGAGCUAUGUGGUCUGGCCGGUUCGAGUAUGUGAUAUUUCGGAACAGAAUCUAGUUCUUUCAAUAUCAAUGUAAUCUAAUAAUCAUGAUUUUUCUGUGUUGGUGUAAUGUAUUCAGGUGAAUACGAUGCUUGUGAUGUUACUCUGAGUGUAUAUCCACACCAGGCAAGCUUGAAAAAUAUGCCUGACCACGGUGGGAUUCGAACCUACGACCUUUGGAAUACUAGCCCAACGCUCUGCCAACUGAGCUACACGGUCUGGUCGGUUGGAGUAUGUGAUAUUUCGGAACAGAAUCUAGUUCCUUCGAUAUCAAUGUAAUUAAUAGUCAUGAUUUUUUUCGGUGUCAGUUAAGACACUUGAGAUUGUAUUCAUUCAUGAUUCACAUCUUUUGACAAGCAUCAUAUGCACCUGAGUAUAUUACACCAACACAGAAAAAAAUCAUGAUUCAGUACUAUUGUGGGCCUAAAUGUGGAAUUCUACUCAAUAGAAAGCCUCUGUUUUUAUCUUGUCAAGCUGUUUUAAAUUCAUAACGAUUGAUGCAAAUGAAUUUGUUUUGGCCGUGGUCGUCGCUUUGCCGUCCUACAUCUUGGAUAUUAGAGACCUUACAAUUUAGGAUGGCAACAUGACGGCAAUUUAAUAUAUGAAUAAUUUAGACAUUAUCGUGUUUCCGUCCUAUAUAAGGUCUCUAAUAAUUCCAUAUGCAGCCAUAUGCGUGUGAGAUGAUAUUUCCUAGCUAUUAAAAUAAAGAGCAGUACUCUCUAUUUUAGGUAAGCACAAUUAAUUGCUAAAGAUGCUUAAGAUUAUAUUCAUUCAUGAUUCACAUCUUGCGGCAAGACAACUUACUUAAUCAAGCACUAUGUAACUGUUGAAGUUCUCAUUUAAUAAUUUAUAUUGUUAUACAUAGUACAUUGGUAAACUGUGUUAUUAAAGGACAAUGGCAACAAAAAUUUUUAUUCGCUAUUUUACUCUAUUGGCAUAAAUGGAAUUGAGGAAUUAUGUUUUUUAUCUCAAAAAAGCAAAUUUAGGAGUUAUUGGACAAUACUUUACAUUAAAUUUAAUAUUCCGUCCGCCAUCUUGCAAAUUUGCCCGUAUGCUAAUUUAUGUAGAAAUAAAUUUUGUGACGUCAGGUGUGGGGUGAAUUAAAGGUCUAAUUAUACUUAUUUUGGAAAAUGUACUGCCCAGUUUACGGGUGCAAUAGCCACAGCAAAAAGAAUUUAAAUAAAGAAUUUCUUUUCCUUUCCUGGUCUAAGCAGUAGCAAAACACGGAAUAGGAGGAAAAUUUGGAUUGAGUUUUGCAAGCGCAAAGCGUUCAAACCAACGGCAAAUACCAAGAUAUGCUCUCUUCAUUUCGAUGAUGACGCAUACGACCCGGCACACUCCCCAAAAUUUCUCAAAUCAAUCGGCUGUGAAGAUCAGACUUUAGUGCUAUUAAGAAAAGAUGCUGUUCCUACCCUGAACAAACCUCUGAUGGAAACAGCUGAGACAAAACAAAGAAAGACCACAGAGGAAAGACCCCGAAGAAAGGUAAUUAUUAAUUUGGACAUUAUUUGUUUAUUUCAUGUAAUCAAGGCACAUGGUUUGCAAAAACGCCUAAUAAAAUCAAAUUUCGCUAUUUUUUAAAGUGUGUCAACGAUCUAGUAAAAGACUACGAAAAACCAGAUUGUGCUGCAUGUUCAUUGUCCAGUGAACUUGAACAUUUCACCGAUGAAACCGACGUGGAAUCAAGUAAUACACCAGAAGACAAUAAUAGACCAAACACUGCCGAAAAGAGUACGAAUACUGUCAUUAUUUGGAAUCGAUCGAGAAAGACACAAACGGAAAAAACAGAAACUCGUACUUUCCCAACGCAAACGCAUUUACAAGUAAAUACAAAUUGUUCUCUCUUUGAAAAAAGUGCAUCGCUUAAGUAUGACAAAGAAGUGCAAACCGAGGGCGAGGUCGUAUCGUUCCAAGCGCAGAGCGACGACGAACAAACAACAGCUAUGCCUAUACCAACAGAAAUCCCGCCACCGGAUGAUGAUAUUCAGGGAUCUCAGAGUGAGAAGAACGACUGCAUUACUACAAGUGAUACUAUUUUGGAUGAAUUUGUCAAAAACAGUUCAGAUGAGGACUUUACUUCACUCACAGAGUCAAGCGACUCCGAAGGCGAAGCGAACUCUGAAUCGGAAGACGAUUUAGAACAGGAAAAUACCAGUAUAAACUAUCGUUUAUCAAAAGACAAACCAGCGUCCAAACAGAUAAAAAUUGUUAUUUUUGAAGAGGCAAUUAUAAAUGCAUUUAGAAAUUGCUUGAAAUGUGGGGAGGCAUGUACAGUUUCGCUAGAACGUCAAAUUGGCUCCACCUGUAACAUUCAUGUAUCCUGUUCAAAUACAACCUCCCAUAAUUUCACAUGGUCAACAGGUUAACCGUUUGCCGGCUUUCCACUUGCUUUUUGCUGCAGGAAUCCUGAGCACAGGCCUGGAGUCUGCUAAAGUAAUUCGAAUGUUCGAUGCAUUGAAAAUAAUCAAUAUCAAGAAAAGAGGAUUGUCUAACAUUCUCAAAUCAUAUGUCAUUCCAGCUGUGUUUCACGUUUGGGACAGAGAACAAAAAUCCAAUCUAGCUAACAUCAAGGAUGACGGAAAGAAAGUGUCAAUUGCUUCUGAUAUGAGGGUCGAUAGCCUGGGCCAUUGUGGACUUUUAGGGUCCGGCAGCACGUUGGACUUGGAAAGAAAAAUUGUCCUUGAUACCCAAGUUAUAAAGGUCAGUUUUGAUCAUAAUUAAAAUACUAUAACUAAGGCCUGUUUCAAAAGUCUUGCCUUCUCAUGUGCCGAACACAUUAAAAACAAUAGAUAAUCAGCUCUAUUCAGCUGAAGUGCCUCAUUUGUUUCUAAUACGUUCAGCAGAUGAGAAGCGCGAUGUUUGAACAGGCCUAUAAAAGGCUAAGUAUAGUAUAUGUCUACAAUUUCUGCAUUAUAAAUGGAUACAUAAACGUUUCUUUAUCUAGUCAACUGAAGUUAAGAACUCAAAUGCUAUGGAACUAGAGUCCUUGAAAAGACAGAUUUCAUUCCUAGAGAAAAAUGACGUAGAGAUAGGCAAACUUGUGACAGAUCGACACAUGCAGGUCUCUGCCUUACAUGGAGAACGAAAAUCCUCAAAUUGA